GAGAGCAUCUAUUACGGUGGCAUGGCUGUCACCCACCCUGAUGCUGAGGCACUGGAGGUCGAGACAAGGGGGCAGAGCACAAGUAAGACCUGGCACCGUGUCCGCGCCCAGCGUCUGACAUCAUCAGACUUCAAGAGCAUAGUCUCAAGGGUGGCAGACUUCGAGACUCUGGCAGCCAGAAUGCAGAGACCGAAGAGGACUGUGCAGACACAGGCCAUGAUGAGAGGAAUUGAGUUGGAGCCCGUUGCAGCUAUACAGUAUGAGGAAGUAACUGGACACUCGGUCUCCACUUGCGGUUUCGCCAUCAACCCCAACGCCCCACAUUUGGGUGCCUCCCCUGACCGAAAGGUGGCGGAUGACUCCGGUCAGCUUCAGGGACUGCUGGAAAUCAAGUGUCCUGAUGUGGACAGCUUUGUGGAGUGCAAGUACCUUUCUCUAAGACCAGAUGGAUCUUUUGCUCUCAAACACUGCCAUGGCUACUACAAUCAGAUGAUGGGACAAAUGGGAAUCACAGGGAUGAUGUGGUGUGACUUUUUUGUGAAGUGCCGAGAUGACUACCACCUGGAGCGAAUCUACUUUGAUGCGGAGGAAUGGGAGAAUAUGAAAACUAAGCUGGAUCUUUUCUUUGUCGAGUACUUUCUGCCUCUCCUGUGCCAGUGAGGAAAGACACACACACAGGGCUGUAUUCAAAGAAGGUGUUUAAUCACAAUAAA